AUGUCCAAACCAGUACAAACACCACGUGAUAUGGAUUCUCGUCAAUUUGGUGAUGGCAAUUAUUAUCGUGAUCAAAAAGAUCAUGAUAAUGAUUUAUUCCGCCGCCGUGAGGAUAACAACAGCAACCGGAAUAGACGAACAGCAAAUGAUCAGGAUUUUCAAAGACGGAGUGAUUUUAAUACCCAUAAGGAGGCACAAUGCAACAACAAUCAGGAUUUUAGUCGAAGAGGUGAUGACAAUUGUCGUUAUGAUUCUGCAACAUCUUAUCAUGAAGAAAGGAGGAGAAGGGAUGAGGCCAGGCAAUUUUCUAGUGGAGAUAAUGACAUGAACAGGAAUGAUUAUAACAAUGAACGUCGAGGAGGAGGAGGUGGAGGUAAUCGUUUCAAUUCGAAUACUGAUGACCGAGGUCCACCACCUCAUAACCAAUCAUCAUGGAAUGAUGACAAUCGUUCACGAUCUCGUUCACGAAGUGAUAUGAAUAGGAAUGAUUAUAAUAAUGAACGUCGUGGAGGAGGAGGUGGUGGAGGCAAUCGUUUUAAUUCGAAUAAUGAUGACCGAGGUCCACCUCUUCAUAAUCAAUCAUCAUAUAAUGAUGAGAAUCGAUCACGAUCUCGUUCACGAAAUGAUAUGUACAGGAAUGAUUAUAAUAAUGAACGUCGAGGUGGCAAUUGUUUCAAUUCGAAUAAUGAUGUCCGAGGUCCACCACCCCAUAACCAAUCAUCAUAUAAUGAUGUUAAUCGUUCACGAAAUGAACCUGAAUUUGAAAACACAAAUCUAUUUGCACGAAGGGAAAAUGUCCCCCAGGAUACUAGAAGCCGCCAUCAAGAAGAUGCCCCAAGGAAUUAUGGUGGUGAUUUUGGAACAAAUUAUCAAAAUAAUCAAGGAUUUGAAGGACAACACACUCGUAAUUAUUCACCUCAACAAUUUGGUGGUGAUUUUGGAACAAAAUAUCCAAAUAAUCAAGGAUUUGAAGGACAGCAAAAUAUGAAUUAUUCAUCACAACAAUAUGGAAAGAAAACUGAAUUCGACAAUUACACAAAUUUUAGAAAUAAUUCCGAUUUUGGUUAUAACAAUCCCCCACCAGCAGCCGGCACAUUUCAAGGCAGUACCCAUGGAGGUUUUCAAGAUACCAAUAUUGGAUAUUUCCCAAGAAAUAACGAUUUCGGAGGAAAUACAUUUAUGAAUUCAACAAAUAGCUUCAAUCAACCACCACCAGCAUCACCACCAGGACCAACAAAUUUUGAUGGCCCGCCACCACCUGGUGGUUUUGGUUAUAAUCAUUUUGGUUAUAAUUUACCACAAAAUAAUUUUGGUAAUAGCCCACAACCACCAUUUACCCCAGAUAAUAUAUCUGGUAAUUUUCCAGGUGGUAGUGGUGUGGUGGGUGUGGGUCCUAGGAAUAGCUGGACAGCUAAUCCCCAAGAUUUCAAACAGCAAAACAAUUCAAUGAAUUUUAAUAAUAAACGUGGACGCUCCAGGGAUAAUUCAAUGGGUGAUGGACGUGCCAUUUCACCAGGUAACAAUGAAAGAAAAUUGUCGGGACCACCUCCUAAUAAAAAUAAGGACAAAAACAAGAAAAACAAAAAGAACAAGAAAAUCAAAAAGGAGCUGAAACAGCAGCAGAAAAACAACCAAAACACCACCCCACAGCAGGAAAAUGAAGCAACAAAUGAUGAAACAACAACAAACAAAAAAGGCAAACUACGUGGCCGUAAAAAGAAUAAGGAUGUCAACUUCCUAAGGCGUCGUCGUCAAGCCAAUGUGCUGAAGGAUGAAGCACAACGUCUAGAAGAUGCGGGUAUUCUAAAAAAACCACCCAAAAAUCUUUCCAAAUGUGAACCCGAAUUGUAUUGGACCAAGUGGUGGCCAAAAUAUGCAUACAUUGAAAAUGUAAUACCACGAUUUAGCGAAAACGAAGAUGGCAUCAAAGAAUUCAUCAAUUUCAACUACGAACCAGAAAGUCAAAAGCUAGAGAUACGCAAAAAACUUCUACUGCGUAUUGGUUGUGCGAAAAUAAGCAGAACUUUAGACAUCAAUGAAAUCAAUUAUCCGUUGCGUGAUGUCUAUAAACUAUUUGUGUAUCGUAAACACUUAAUGGAUCCAAAUUUCCAUAAACAUCUAACGUUUCACGAACUGCAUCGCGUGAAAUUUUAUACAUCGUUGGCAUGA